AUGACACUGCACCUCGUGACGACGGUAUUUUUGUCCCAGUUCUUGAGUGUCUUCUCCUACAUCACAUUUGAUGGAUAUUAUGAGCGGUUAACGCGAGAAGACCCUCUGAAUUUCCAUCCCUUGAAUCAGGCACAAUUCGUCGAAGAUGACACACAAUUUUCCGAUGAACCAAAUGGUGGAUCUUUGCGUUUUAUGGUAGCGCCGGUAUCUACAACAAAACAAUUACAAGUAAACAUUGUCAAGCUACGCUACUUCAAUGACAAAUGUGAGAUAUAG